UCUCUAUUGCGGGAACCUCAAAAGCUAUAGAAAUAGCGGCAGAAAUCAAGUUUUUUCUUUCUUCUUCCGGGUCGGAUGUUCUUUCUCUCGCUCUCUGGUCUGCCUUGUUCGUCUUGCGUUAUGGCUGCGCCCGACCGGGAUGAAAAGAAAAGGAAGCAAUUUGGGAAUCGUUUUCUCACGGAUACGGCUCGGCUUUUUCAACACAACGCCUGGGAUAACGUGGAAUGGUCUGAAGAGCAGGAAGCUGCUGCACAAGCAAAGGUGCAAGAGCAGAGCAUGCAGUUAGUACCACAAGAUCAGCAAGCUUAUGAAAUCAAUGCCAACAUGUAUUGGAACGACUUCUAUAAAACCCAUGAAAAUGGAUUUUUUAAAGACCGACACUGGUUGUUCACUGAAUUUCCUGAGCUAGCUCCAAACCAUCAUCAAAGUCAGGCUGGCAUAUAUAAAGAGACUGUGAAAAACAUCAAAAAUUCAAGUCUUGGAGGCUACCCUGACAAUAAACUUUGUACAGUAGAUAGUGAAGACUUAGAACAUCUGGAUACAGAGAGAAACAGUAAUGGCAACAUCACCCAUCAUCUGCAAUCAGAAGAUGAAGUGGCAUCACAGAAGCUGGGGGAAAGGAAAGUAAUACAAGAUGGUGACUUCCCAGGGUCAUCUGCUACUUACAGAAUAUUAGAGGUGGGAUGUGGUGCAGGAAAUACAGUCUUCCCUAUUCUCCAAACCAACAAUGAUCCUGGCCUUUUUGUGUAUUGUUGUGACUUCUCUACUACAGCAGUAGAUCUUGUCCAGGCCCAUCCAGAAUAUGAUGCCUCUCGUUGCUUUGCCUUCGUUCAUGACCUGACCAAGAAUCAGACUCCUUUUCCAAUGCCAGACGAGAGCCUUGAUGUGGUAGUUCUCAUCUUCGUCCUUUCAUCUCUUCUUCCAGAAAAAAUGCAGUGUGUAAUCAAUAGACUUAGCCGGCUUCUAAGACCUGGUGGAAUUAUUUUAUUACGAGAUUAUGGCCGUUUUGAUUUAGCCCAACUUCGCUUUAAGAAAGGUCAAUGUCUGGCUGAUAAUUUCUACGUGAGAGGAGAUGGAACCAGAGUUUAUUUCUUCACACAAGAUGAGUUGGAUUUGCUGUUCUCUACUGCUGGCUUAGAGAAAAUUCAGAAUAUUGUUGAUCGCCGCCUCCAGGUGAACAGAGGAAAACAAAUCACCAUGUACAGAGUCUGGAUCCAGUGUAAAUACCAGAAGCCACAGGGAGAUAAUGAGCUUAUAGCAGGGAGAAUUUCUUCAAUUAUUAAUUGAACCUAAUGAGACCCUCCUUAUCUGGGAGAAUGCUCCCAUGCUAUAGAGGAAAUCAUCAUACAUAUGACACACCAAUAUGAUUCUGUUGUGCUGUUCUUGGAGCAUCAUUACUUUUUGAUGGUGAACAUUUUAAAUUUGGAACAGAGGGAAAGUUUGCCAGUUUGCUCAGCAUUUGUAAUGAGUUUGGAUACAACCUUGUACAUUGCA